GCAAUUGCCUUCAUGCAACCCUGUUUGCUGUCAGCGCAUUAAAAGCCUAGAUUACUUUUGUAUUGCAUAAAAAAUGGCGUCGAAAGAAGAUAACGUUUCUGGUGAAAAUCCAGUUCGUCGAACGAGAUCCGGCAGAAAAGUUGUAGCACCACCCGCUGCUCCAACACCAAUACGCUCGUCUAGACGAACAAAAAGAGGCGCGCAGGAACAGAUUGUAGAAACUGACGAGGACGAAGUUCAACAGACAGAUGAAAAAGAUACUGACACUGCUGAAGAUCAAUCUGACGUUAUUAAAGAAAUGUUGGAAGAAGCAGCCCAAGGCGUAAUAAUUGACAACCCAGAUGGAGAUGAUGAUGUCAUCAUAUAUGAGGAGCAUAUUGUAGAAUCGGAGGAAAUAGUUGAAGAAGUACCGCAAGACGAUGACUGCAUUGUAUAUGAAGAACAAUUGGUUGAGGAAGACCAUCAACCGGCUGAAGAAGAUAUUGAAAUGUACACCGUACAAGAAGAAGAGCAAGUUGUCACAGAAGUGCCCAUUGUAUCAGAAACAGGAAUCGAUGAAAAAAGUUCUUCGUUUCCUUUCGGACCAACUUGUGGACACUCCGAGACUUCGGAAGAUGUACAAAACGAAGAAGGAACGAAUGAGACUGGAGCAGUAGAAAGUUCUUUACUAGCUUCCUUAGCCGGUGACAAUGCCAAUAGUUUACCAUCCGUUGGAGGGGGUGAAGAAAAUGACGUUAAAAAGGAUGACUUUGAAGCAAAAGUACCGCCUGUAUUAACAAAUAAUGAAAAAAUGGAAUCAGACGAUUCACUAUCUGAGCCGGCAAUUGCAGAAGACAUUGGAAUUUGUGCGGAUGCCAGUAAUGCAACUAUUGUAAACACUGAACUAGUUUCGGAAGAUGAGUUGCCUUUGCCUACAAAACCCGAAAUAAAUGAUGCGGAAGAGGUAUCUGACGACGAACUUCCAGCACCUCAGCGCGCCGAAUUGCCUGCAGAUGCCGAAGUAAUAUCAGAGGAUGAGUUGCCAACUGCAACCGGUCAAGCCGAAAAGAAAUCGCCGCUUGCAUCGCCUAAGACUCCCACUAAGAGUAAUUCUACAGAAUCUGUCGCUAAGGAGUCUAUUGGUCAAAAACGCAAAGCUAUUGACGCCGAUAAGAGCGAUUGCAAUUAUGAAAAACAGCGUAAGCUAGAGGACUCAAAGAAAAGAAACGAUGAACAAUACAACCCAAUGAGUCCAACGUCAGAGAGUAACGAUGCUACACCCAUUGUAACCGUAGAGAAGAAACCCAAAGUUGAAAGUAGCUCUGGAGAAAGCGAAAACAAAGAGAAAAAGAGAGAGAAAGAAAAAGAACGUGAACGUGAACGUGAGAAGGAGAAAGUAAAGGAGAAGGAAAAAGAGAAAGAAAAGGAGAAAGAAAAAGAAAAGGAACGUAAACGCUUACCAGAUCUAGAUAAAUAUUGGCGUGCCGUUAAAGAGGAUCCUGCCGAUUUCACAGGAUGGACAUACUUGUUACAGUAUGUAGACAAUGAGUCUGAUGCCGAGGCGGCGCGUGAGGCUUACGAUGCAUUCCUAUCACACUAUCCGUAUUGUUAUGGAUAUUGGCGCAAGUAUGCUGACUACGAGAAGCGCAAAGGCAUUAAGGCCAAUUGCAACGCGGUUUUCGAACGCGGUCUGGAAGCGAUUCCGCUGUCAGUGGAUCUCUGGAUCCAUUACCUAGCACACGUAAAGAGCAACCAUGCCGAGGAUGAAUCGUAUAUUCGGUCACAAUUCGAGCGUGCAGUAGACGCUUGUGGUCUGGAGUUCCGCUCCGACAAGCUCUGGGAUGCCUACGUUAAAUGGGAGAGUGAAUCAAAGCAUUACCAAAACGUUGUAAAGGUCUACGAUCGUUUAUUAGCCAUUCCAACUCAAGGCUAUAGUGGUCAUUUUGAUAAUUUCCAAGACUUGAUAAAUCAACACUCCAUUGGGAGCACCAUAACUCCUGAGGAAUUGAGGAAGGUGAGGGCUGAACUACGCGAAAGUAGUGCGUCUCGCUCUUCGUCGUCUCGUUCUAAGAGUCGACGUAGUGUUUCACAUGAAAAGGAACAUGAAUCCCAUGAUGAGAAGAAAGGUGACGAAGAACGGGGCAGCAAAUCGCCAAAUGCAAAAGAUCCUGAUAGUAAUCAGGAUGAAACACCAGUAAUUUCUAUUAGCGAAGCAAUCGAAAUUGACCGCGAAACAGACGCUGCUGCAGCCACCACCGAAAAACUCAAUUCAGAAGACCUCGGCGAUUUAAGCAACCUCAGUGAAGAGGAAGAGGCAGCUAUAAAAGACAAAAUUAUUUCGAUUCGUCGCAAAUUACAUAAGGCCACCGUUGCUGCAGUGACUGCUCGUUGGAAUUUUGAAGAAGGCAUAAAGCGCCCAUAUUUCCAUGUGAAGCCACUCGAACGCUGCCAACUUAAGAAUUGGAAAGAUUAUCUCGAUUUCGAGAUUGAAAAAGGCGAUCGCACUCGUAUUUUGGUGCUUUUUGAACGUUGUCUAAUCGCAUGUGCAUUAUAUGAUGAAUUCUGGCUGAAGAUGAUACGCUACCUGGAGACACAAUUGGAUCAGCCAGGUAUCGUGGCUAUCACCAGCGAUGUUUAUCGACGGGCAUGCGAAAUCCACCAUCCCGACAAACCAAGUCUACAUUUAAUGUGGGCAGCAUUUGAAGAGUGCCAAAAUAAUUUUGAUCGCGCCUCCAUGGUUUUGGAAAAUCUCGAAAAGAAAUGUCCAAAUUUACUACAGGUUGCCUAUCGGCGCAUAAAUGUGGAACGCCGGCGUGGCGAUAUGAGCAAAUGUCGUGAACUGUAUGAGCAUUAUAUAAAUACGGCAAAGAAUAAAACAAUCGCUGGCAGUUUAGCGAUUAAAUAUGCACGAUUUCUGAAUAAAAUCUGCGAUGAUCUGGAUGGCGGAUUGCGUGUGCUGCGGCAGGCAUUGGACAAAGAUGCGGCAAAUACGCGCGUGGCACUGCAAAUGAUAGAUUUGGUAUUGCAACGACCAAAAGUGGAUGAGGAUGAGGUGGUGCUAAUAAUGGACAAAUUUAUGGCACGUGAAAAUAUAGAUCCCGAGCAGAAAGUGCUAUUUGCGCAGCGCAAAGUUGAGUUCUUGGAAGAUUUCGGCAGCACGGCCAAGGGUUUGCAAGAUGCGCAGCGAGCACUACAAGUAGCAUUGAGCAAGGCAAAUGAAGCCAAAAAGAAGCGUGAAUCAAGUCCUUCCCGCAAAUCCUCAUCGAGCAGCAAAGAAGUUUCUAUGUCAAACACAGCUGCAUCAUCAGCAUAUAAUAACGGCGUCAGCGCUACCGCUUCGAGUUACAACUAUAAUUCGGCAAAUUCAGCUUAUUAUGGGCAACAAAAUAGUAGUGCCUACACAACGCAGCAAUCAUAUGAUGGCUACUACAACCAUUGGCAGUAUGGCUCGAGUUAUGGAAACUAUGGGCAAUGGAGCGGAUAUGGAAAUUACUAUUAAAUCGAGUGCAAACGUAUAAAAUUUCUUCUUAAAUUUUAUACAAUGUUAUCAGUCCCAGCACCAAUCAUCACCAAAUUUAUUAUUAUUUUUAAACAAUUCUUUAAUUAGUACUAAUGCAAUAAUGAAUCACGUUGUAUAAAUUUUUUAAGACUUUCUGUUGACCAAAAAAAAUACAAUAUACUUUUUCUAUACGAUA